GUGGGUGAGUUGGUCCUGCGCGUGUGUGUUGUUUUGGCCUGUAUUUUGCUACUAAUCCGCCCCUAAUUUUCUACACGCACGGAAUCCCGUGGGAGGAUUCUGACGUCUUCCCCUCCACAGCACCAUCGAUCGAAAAUUACUCAGGCUCCUGCAUGGUUCCAGCAAUUCUAAUGCCAUCACCUGGCUAUCCCAAUAAGAUUUGUACAAGUGUAUAUUCAAGAUCAAAGGUGUCAUCUACUCUCUUAAAAGCUUCAUCCUCAUUUCAGAAGACAUUGUAUGCUCGGUUUUGGAUCUUCCAUUUGACACAACCUUUUCUUAACAAGGACUCCAUGAGGAAAGUGUCACGUAUAAGAAGCAGUGCAGACGGAAGCGGCUUAAACCCUUCAGCCCCAAAUAACAACAGCAGAGGGACAAGGCUUAUCAGGGCUUUACAAACUUUUCAAAUCAGAUUAAGUGAAAGAAUUAAAGACUUGAGAAAAGAUCUUCCAAUGAAACUUUUGUUUUUCUUGACGGGUUUUUAUUGUUCGACGGCUUUCGCGACAGUUAUAGGACAAACGGGUGAUUGGGAUAUUCUUUCGGCUGCUUUGGCUGUGGUGGUUGUUGAGGGGAUUGGGGCCCUCAUGUAUACGGGGUCUUUUCCUUUGUUUGAUAAGGUGAGGAAGUUGGUUACCAUGUUUAAUUAUUGGAAGGUUGGUCUUUCUAUGGGCCUUUUUUUGGAUUCUUUUAAGUAUUAGAGGUGUCUGGUUGCUCAAGGAAUCUUUUUUUAGUGAAAAAUAGGGGUGACAUAAGAGAUCACUUGGGCAUUUAGUGCCCUUCGUUCAGUAAAAAGUUGUCAGUUGGUCAAUACGAGAGAGGUAAAUCACAGCGUCCCAGAUACAGAUACAAGGAAAAGUUACUAACAAAAUACCAGUUUGGAUUUGAAAGAAUGAUGGCAGAUUGAAUUGGUGCCAACAUGAGAUACAGGAUAAUGUAGCACCAUUUUACGUUGAAUUUUAAUUCCACAGCGAUCAACCUUUUGGUCCCAUGUAAUGUAUAGAGGAAAUUAAUUUUUGGUAGUUGUUGCUUUAGGACAUAAACCUUAUUUUUAUUUGAAAUGAUGACUAGAUAAUGAGGUUUAUUUUGUACAUGUAUAAAAGGGCAGAUAACGUACA